UUUGCAGGCCACGGGACCUGCGUGUCAAGUGAUGGACCAGCUACAGUCGCAGAACCUCUCCAUGGACCUGACCGACGCCCCACCCACCUUGGCCAGUAACAGACUGGAGAAUGGCAUGGCCCAGCUGAUCACCACCGAGGCCUGGAACAUCAACUCCACUGACCUGGUAAAGAAGGCCCUGGUGACGGUACCGGCCCCGUCCAUUCUGAACCCCCCUGCCGAGUCCCAGAGCGGCAUGGCACUGAAGGUGGCAGCCACCGUGCUGCAGCCCCUGUGCCUCGGGGAGAGCCCGGUGGUGAUGCCCAUCCACAUGCAAGUGGAGGGAAGCUCCGCGCCUGAGCUCAACCCCAAUGCCAAUGCCACCUACGUCAUGGCCACGCAGGGCCCUGUGCAGCUGCCCGUGGUGCUGGAGCGGCACGUCUUUCAGCACCUCAACUCCCCUCUGGUCCUGCCACAGGAGGCUCCAUGCUCCUCCAAUGCCAUCCACAACCACCUCUUCCAGGGAGCGGAGGACCCCGAGGCCCAGCCCCAGCUCUUGGACCUGAGGAUCCCCAGCCAGCCACAGGAGCCCACGCUGCCCUUUGAAGCUGUACUUCAGAAUUUGUUCCCUGCCCAGGGUGCUCUUGGGCCCCCACCCUGCCAGCCUCCUCCAGGGUACCCCUCCGUGCCUCCCCAGCCCUUUAACUCCCCCUUGACUCCCCUGGUCCCGCCGGCUACCCUCUUGGUGCCCUACCCUGUGAUCGUCCCCUUGCCCGUGCCAGUCCCUAUUCCCAUCCCCAUCCCAAUACCUCAGAGUUCCGAGUCUAAGUUCAGCCCCAGUUUUCCCAAGCCGCCUUCUUCCUUCAGCCUACACCCCGUUAAAGGCCCCCAGGGCCCUCUGGAAAAGGAGGAACUGAAGCCCUUCAACCUUCUCCAUCCCAGAGAGUAUUUCCAGCUCAGCCGCCACACAGUCAUCAAGAAGGGAAGUGAGAAUGAAGCCCUGGAUCUCUCCAUGAAGUCAGUGCCCUGGCUCAAGGCCAGCGAGGCCAGUCCCCCCGUCUGUCAGGAAGAUGUGGUCCUAGACCUGUCUUUGGCAUCCCACCGGAAAGCUGAGCCUCCCCCUGAAGCCCUGUAUGACAACAAGGUAGCAGUGGGCAGUCCAGGUCACCCUAGGGUAGAGAAACUGCCCAGUGGCCACGAAGUGCCCUUCCCCCCUGCCACACCCUACGAAGCCUCCACCAUGAUGGAGAAUAAUCGUAGCAGCAGCAGUGCCCCAGAGGUGCUGAGCCAGCAUAGCCACCCAGGCGGCGAGGUCAAGGCUGAAAAUAACACGGAGAUGGGAGGUGAGUCCCAGGCGACCAAGGUCAUUGUCUCGGUUGAAGACACUGUCCCUGCCAUCUUCUGUGGCAAGAUCAAAGGCCUCUCGGGUGUGUCCACCAAGAACUUCUCCUUCAAAAGAGAAGACUCCAUGCUCCCGGGCUUCGACAUCAACAGCCAAGGAGAUGAGGCCAUGGAAAAUACGGAGCCCCUCAGGAAAUCCGUAAAAAGCCGGAGCAUCAAGUUAAAGAAAGUGAACUCCCAGGAAAUGCACAUGCUCCCAAUCAAAAAACAACGGCUGGCCACCUAUUUUCCCAGGAAGUAAAUCAAUCAUAAGAAUGGCUUUUUAAAAUUUUUAUGAUUAUAAUAUGGGGAAAGGUGCAGUGGUUUUAUAAAAAGGCGUUUAAAACAAAUUAUCUUUGGUAAUUAUUUCGGGGAGUAGUAGGGCAGAGGGAAGGCAAAUUGGCUCUAGAAGCCUGGUUGGCUGGUGUCAUUUUCUUUUUUUUUUUUAGUUUUUGACUUUUCACAAAGGAAUAAAUAAGAGAAACCUAUUUUUCAAGCAGAUUGCACAUUUUUUGCAGCUUUAAUGGAAUAUUGGGUGAAUCAGAGGGGGUAAAAAGAAAAAAAAAACCCGCUAUUUUCAUUGCCACAAAGUGCUUUGAUGAUGUAAUACCUAAUGAAGGGUAGGAUGAUUAUUUCACAAUAAAUGUUUGUUUGCACUAA